ACCAACUAAAGCGCGGGCCCCUAAACCCCCUCCUACCCCAGUCCGGUCCUCCUCUAGGCAGACCCGCUUUACAUCUCCAACCCUCUAGCCCCUCUCUGGGCCCCCAUCCAUCCUCCAACCUCUCCUGCCCCCGACUCUUCCUCCAACCCUUUUCUGUGCCCCCAAUCCUUAUCCUCUUUCUGUGUUUCCAUCCCCCAGUCUCUCUCUUGGUUCCCAACCCAUCCUCCAUCCUCUGUGCCCCAAUUUCCACCCCCUCUGUUCUCCAGUCUCCAGCUCUACUCUGCCACCCCACCCCCAGUCUCUCUCUGUUCCCCAACAUCCUCCAGUUCCUUUCUUUGUGAUCCCUGCAACUUUGCCCCUUGUCCCAUCCCCUCCAACGGGCCUUCAGGCCCUCUACGUUCCCUUUCUGUGCCAACCCCCAUCUCUCUGUGCCUCUACCUACUAUCCGUUCUUUCUCUGUGCCCCACCUGAUCCUGUGAUCCCCUCAACUCAUCCUCCAGUUCCUAUCUGUGCCCAAUCUCCUCUCUGUGACACUAUGGCCCAGACCCUCACUGUGCCACCCCAAUCCUCUAGCUCCUCUCCGUGCCACCCGAAUUUCCCUUCCCCCAACUGUGCCACCCCAUUCCCCUAACCUUUCUCCGUGUCUUCAGACCCAUCCCCAGACCCAGACCCCCCCCCCAGCUCCCACAAGGUGCUCCUGCCCCAUCUUCUAGCCUCUCUGUGGAUUCUUGACCUGUUUGCCAGCCUGCCACCCCUUAGCUCCAUCCUCCAGCCCUUUUGUAUUUCCUGGUGAACCCCUCAGCUCUUCUCUGUUCCCACUCCCCUCUUCCAACCACUCUACAGACCCCCCAAGUGCACUCUGUAUCCCAGCUCCUUCCUAUCUGCCUACCCUCCACCCCUCUGCCCUCCAGUCAUCCGGCCCCUUUGCCCCCCUCCCCACUGUCCUCCAGCCCCUCUCCAAUGCUCCCUGUCCCAAUCUUCCCAUCCCUCUGCUCACCCCAGCCCCAUUCUGUACCCAAACCAUCUCCUUCCCCAUCUUUCUUUCCCUUAUCACCAUAUCACUCCCUCCCCAGUUCUUCCAGCUCUCCCUUCUGACCGCUGUCCUCCCUUCCCAGUAUUUCCUUCUCCAUCCUUCCACCAACACCAAUCUCGUCAUCUGUCCCUAAACCCUUAUCUGUCUUCUCAUCUCUUACCCCAAGUCUUAACUUUCUCCCUUUAUCUCCUUUUCCCCCUGUCCCUCCAUCUUUUUUUUUUUUUUUUUUGGCAGGGCAAUGGGGGUUAAGUGACUUGCCCAGGGUCACACAGCUAGUAAGUGUCAAAUGUCUGGGGCUGGAUUUGAACUCAGGUCCUCCUAACGCCAGGGCUGGUGCUUUAUCCACUUCGCCACCUAACUGCCCCCUGUCCCUCCAUCUUUAACCCAUCUCAAGCCAACAGCUCCCUUCUAUCUUUGAUCAGGCUACACCCAUUUUCUUCUUUGCCCUUCUAGGACUGCACCAUUCUUGUGUACCCUCAAGUCACCCCCAUCACUCCCUGGGCCUCCACCCUCUAUGCAUCUCUUCUCUGUGCUCUACCCCAUCCUCUAUUUUUUUUGACCCUCUGCCCCCCCCUCCAGCUCCCAUCUGUCUUUGCCUCCCAAUCCCCUCUCUGUACCACUCCCCAUUGUGGUGUCCCACCUGACCCUUUCCCACUUCUACAUCACCUCCUCCUUUAGUCCCAGCCCCUCCUCAUUUGCUUUCUCUGGACCUUGUUGCACCCCUUCCUUGCCACUCAUCACCCUGUCUGUCCUGGGGCUCUGUGCUCAGGCUUUCUUGACUUCUCCCUUCCAGGGAUGAUGUGGCUGUGGUCGCUGCUGCUACUGGGACUGGGCCUGGGCAAAGGGGCAUGGGGCAAGCCCCCCCCAGAUGCCGGGGUCCCUCACUCCAGCCGGGUGCACCAGCAGGCCCCGCUGAGUGAGGCCAAGCAUGACGAUGCCCACGGAGACUUUCAGUUUGACCAUGAGGCCUUCCUGGGUCGGGAGGCAGCGAGGGAGUUUGACCAGCUCAGCCCAGAAGAGAGCAAAGCCCGGCUGGGGCGGAUUGUGGACCGAAUGGACCGAGACGGGGACGGGGAUGGCUGGGUGUCACUAGAAGAACUCCGGGCCUGGAUCGCUCAUACGCAGCAGCGCCACAUCCGGGACUCCGUUACAGCAGCGUGGGACACCUAUGAUACUGACCGGGAUGGCCGAGUGGGCUGGGGUGAGCUUCGCAACAUCACCUACGGUCACUACCAGCCGGGAGAGGAGUUCUCUGAUGUGGAGGACGCAGAGACCUAUAAGAAGCUCCUGGCGAGAGAUGAGAGGCGGUUCCGGGCAGCUGACCGAGAUGGGGACCUGCAGGCCACCAGGGAGGAGUUCACAGCCUUCCUGCAUCCGGAGGAGUUUCCCCACAUGCGGGACACUGUGAUUGCUGAGACCCUGGAGGAUUUAGACAAGAAUGGAGAUGGUUACGUUCAAGUGGAUGAGUACAUAGCGGACCUGUAUUCCCCAGAGCCAGAGGGAGGCGAGGAGCCCGCCUGGGUGCAGACGGAGCGGCAGCAGUUCCAAGACUUCCGGGACCUGAAUGGGGAUGGGCACCUGGAUGGGCGUGAGGUCGGGCACUGGGUGCUGCCCCCAGCCCAGGACCAGCCUCUGGUGGAGGCCAAUCACCUGCUGCAGGAGAGCGACACUGACAAGGAUGGACGCCUGAGCAAACAGGAGAUCCUGGGCAACUGGAACAUGUUUGUGGGCAGUCAGGCCACCAACUACGGCGAGGACCUGACACGGCACCAUGAUGAGCUCUGAGCACCCUGCUCUGCUGGGCACCCCAAGCCUUGAGGACACAGCCACCACAGGCAGGGCCGGCCUGCUGCCUGCCCAGGGUUCCCUGGUCCCAAGCCCCAAACCCAGGCCUCCCAGAUCCAAGCAGCACUCCCAGCAGCCCUCAUAAAUACUCCCACCCCCUCUUUAAAAACAGUAUUUGCAGUUCCACAUUCUUGCCUUCCCUCCAUCCACUGAGAAGGAAAGCA